AUGGCGGCGCAGAAUGACCCUGAGAAGAACUUUCCAAAGCCAUGGCGGCAAACACCAUUAAUACAUUCGACCAUCCUUUCCAAACACGCUGGAUGUCAAAUCUAUCUCAAGCUGGAUAACUUGCAACCAUCCGGCUCCUUCAAAUCACGUGGAGUCGGCAACUUUCUGCUCUCCCACAUCGCCAAAACAUCCAACCGAAGUACAAUCCACUUCUACAUCUCUUCUGGCGGAAAUGCUGGUCUGGCAUGUGUAUGCGCCGCCGUCUCGCUCGGCGCAGCAGCAACAAUCGUCGUACCCAUGAGCACAACGGCGUACAUGAUUUCCAAACUUCGCGCUUCCGGUGCCACAGACGUCGUUCAGAUCGGCGAGUCGUGGGCAGAAGCUGAUGCGCACGUACGGGAGGUGAUUAUGAAAGAAGCAAAAGAGAGGGGCGAAGAACCCGUUUAUGUCCCGCCGUUUGAUGCGCAAGAGGUUUGGGAUGGGAAUGCUACGUUGGUGGAAGAGCUGGUGGAGCAGAUCGAUGGACCGCUUGAUGCGCUGAUCUGUAGUGUUGGUGGAGGUGGAUUGUUCUCAGGUAUCAUGCAAGGUCUUGGUAAGGCUGGGUGGUCUGAUACAAAGGUCCUCGCUGUUGAGACUGAAGGCGCGCAUUCCUUGGCUUUGUCGCUCGAGAAGGGCGAGUUAUCGACACUACCCGCAAUCACCAGCAUAGCGACAAGUCUAGGCGCAAGACGCGUCGCAGCAAGAGCAUAUGAACACGCAAAAUCCGACUCGGUCACGUCCGUGGUAUUGAAGGAUACGGAUGCGAUCGAAGGAUGUGCCAGAUUUGCGGAUGACGAGAGAAUCAUGGUGGAGCCGGCGUGUGGCGUGUCACUGGCAUUGUGCUACAAUGGUCGAUUACGGAAACAAUUGCCACAUCUGAACGAGAAGAGCAGGGUUGUCAUUGUUGUAUGCGGCGGGAGUAAUGUCAGUGCGGAGAUGCUGCACAACUGGGUAGUCCAGAGGGGCUGA